AUGAAUAAGACGGAUCUGUUUCAGAUAUGGAAUUAUGAUGGAAAAAUACUCUAUCAUGAGAUCAUAGAGGCCACAGAGGAUUUCAGUGCCAGAUAUUGCAUUGGGAUGGGAGGAUCUGGAAAUGUUUAUAGAGCAAUGUUAUCUACAGGCCAAAUUGUAGCUAUAAAGAAAUUGGAGCAUGCCUCAAAUGGAUAUGGCGACAUGAUUGUCCCAAAAUCUUUUAGAAAUGAGAUUCGUGCAUUAACUGAAAUACGACAUMGGAAUAUUGUCAAGCUUUAUGGUUUCUGUUCACAUGCGAAUUGCUCAUUUUUUAUUUAUGAAUAUUUGGAGAGAGGAAGCUUGGCAAAGGUACUUGGUAGUAUGGAGCAUGCAAAGGAGUUGGAUUGGAGCAAGAGAAUAAAUGUGAUUAGAGCUGUAGCCAAUGCUUUAUCAUACAUGCAUCAUGACUGCUUACCUCCAAUAGUUCAUCRAGACAUUUCUAGCAAGAAUAUUUUGCUAGAUUUAGAAUAUGAAGCUCGUGUCUCUGAUUUUGGCAUUGCUAAACUUCUAAAGCUCAAUUCAGCCAAUUGUACAUCUCUUGCUGGAACGCAUGGUUAUAUUGCUCCAGAGCUCGCUUAUACAACGAAGGUUACAGAAAAAUGUGAUGUAUAUAGUUUUGGAGUGCUAACACUAGAAGUGUUGAUGGGAAGGCAUCCGGGUGAUUUAACAUUUUCUUUGUUCUCGUCGUCGUCGUCAUCUCCAUCCUCAGUUGGGCAGAAUAUAUUGGUGAAGGAUGUCUUGGACAAUCGCCUGCCUCCGCUCACGCCUCAAGUUGCAGAUGAAGUAGUAGUUAUAGUUAAACUAGCACCCAAAUGCCUGCAUCAAACACCACAAUCACGGCCUACCAUGCAACAGGUGUCUCAAGAGCUAUUAUCCUGCAAAGCACCUUCUCCAUAUCUGUUCUAUAAAAUUACAUUGGGACAACUAUUGAAUGGCGAGUUAUGA